AAGUGGUCAUUACUGUGAGGUAAUCUUCUUCCUAUUCCCACCGACUGAAAAGGGAAAGUUCCCACACAUGAAUCAUCCAUGCCUAUUGGAUGAGAACCCAACGCAUAUCACUCAAUUAGAAGCCGCCACGGAUUCCCAAUUCCCUCUUUGAUCUGCAAAUAAAAUCUUCAUUCACUGCCCAAUCAAACCUUCAUUUUCUCUAUCAUGGCUGCUUCUAUUUUGUUCAUCACAUUCUUCUCAUCUCUAGUUUUUCUCUCCGUCCAAACACUAUCCCAGCACCACGACGAGUUCUAUUAUCUCGGAUUCAAUGGAGCCACCAAUAUAAUCUUGAAAGAGUUCGCAGAAAUUGAGAACAAUGGUAUGUUGAGGCUGACGAAUCAUUCCGAAAGCAUCACCGGCCAGGCGUUUUAUAGCUCCCCAUUUCAGUUCAAAAACUCCUCCGCCGGCGGCGGCACAGCUUUUUCUUUCUCCACCUGUUUUGCCUUCUGCAUCAACGCCGAGAAUGAAAACUUCAGCGGCCAUGGCUUGACUUUCGCCGUCGUGCCUUCUAAAGAUAUCAGAGGUUCGCCCCAGAUGUUUCUCGGCCUCUUCAAUGAGAGCAGCAACAACGGGAACUCCUCAAACCAUGUAUUCGCUGUGGAAUUCGAUACCAACAAAGAUUCUGCGACCAAAGACACCGACGCCAAUCAUGUGGGGAUCGAUAUAAACAGCUUGAUUUCGAAGGAAUCUGCUACCGCUCAGUAUUUAGACGAAAAGGGCGAGCUAAAAGAUCUGAAACUCAUAAGUGGGGUGGCUGUAAAAGUUUGGAUCGAUUAUGAUUCAACCCAAAACAUUCUCAAUGUUACAAUUUCGCCGUUUUCCUCGAAACCCAGAAGGCCACUACUGUCGUACGGAGUAGAUCUCUCGUCAAUUUUUGAUGAAGAAAUGUACAUUGGGUUUUCUGCGUCAACCGGCAGACUUGCAAGCUCUCAGAGCAUUUUGGGCUGGAGCUUCGCCAUUAAUGGCCAAGCUCGAGAUCUCGACCUCUCUUUGCUUCCAUCUCCCCCUGCACCUGUAAAGAAGAAAACAGAGGCGAGAAUCGGAGUCCCUGUUUAUGUCUCUGUUUCUGUGAGUGUUUUCGUUAUCUCUGUUUUCGCGAUUGCGAUUUUUCUGUUCAGAAACUACAAGAAAUCUGAGGGGAUCGAGGCAUGGGAGCUUCAAAUCGGGCCCCAUCGGUAUCCCUACAGAGAACUCGAAAAAGCUACUAGACGUUUCAGUGAGAGGGAGCUUCUCGGGCAGGGUGGAUUCGGGAAAGUUUACAGAGGAAUUCUUCCGAUUUCAAAAACCGACGUCGCCGUCAAACGAAUCUCCCACGAUUCGAAACAGGGUCUCCGGGAAUUCGUGACGGAAAUCUCCACAAUCGGCAUGCUCCGGCACCGGAAUCUGGUUCAGUUGCUCGGAUGGUGUCGCCGGCGGCAGGAUCUGCUUCUCGUUUACGAAUUCAUGGCGAAUGGGAGCUUGGAUAAAUACCUAUUCGACGACCCGAAAUCGACUCUGAAUUGGGAGCAGAGAUUUAGGGUUCUAAAGGGCGUGGCCUCUGCUCUUCUCUACCUCCACGAGGGGUACGAACGGGUGGUGAUUCACAGAGACGUGAAGGCGAGCAAUGUGCUGUUAGACGGCGAAUUGAAGGGGAGAUUGGGGGAUUUCGGGCUCGCUAGGGUUUACGAACACGGGUCGGAUCCGGAUACGACCCGGGUGGUGGGGACUUUGGGGUAUGUGGCGCCGGAGCUGCCGAGGACGGGGAAGGCGACGACGAGCUCCGACGUGUACGCAUUCGGGGCGGUGAUGCUGGAGGUGGCGUGCGGGCGGCGGCCAGUGGAGGUGAAGGCGUUGCCGGAGGAGAUGACGUUGGUGGAUUGGGUGUGGGAGAAAUUCAGAGAAGGGAGGGUUUUGGACGCCGUGGAUCCGAAGCUCCAGGGAGAUUACGACGAGAUUGAGGCGGCGAUGGUGUUGAAAUUGGGAGUCAUGUGUUCCAAUAAUGAGCCGAAGCAGCGGCCGAGUAUGAGGCAGGUUGUGCGGUGCUUGGACGGCGAAAUCGGCGUCACCGACGAGUGGAAGGCGCCGGGUGGCGGCGGCAUUAACAGAUGUGCGGCGGGGGAUUUUCUUAUCUCGUUCACGUCUACGUCGAUGAGCGAAGAAAGCUCUUUUAACAAGCUUUCGGAAUAAUUAGUUAUAAAUUUAGUUUAAAUUAUAAGCCUAACGGCUCCAAAAUUUUGUUAGG